CUCCUUUUCCUUCGUCACGCAGCAACUUUUUUUUUCCUCCCUCAAUUCAUCAUCACAACUUACAUUGUCACAAUUUUGAACCAUCCUGCUACUGAAUUAACAUCCUUUAACAUUUUUAUCAAACUUUUCCUAUUUUUCUGCCUCUGUCCAUUUAUAUCCUUGUUUUUAAAAGUUUUGAAAUCACAAUGGGAAAGACCAGAACACCAUCUCGAAACGCAUCACCUCGACCUAAACCGUAUGAAGAAUUUUUUGUAUUGUUGAGGGAGAAGCAACGUCUUUUCUGUAAACAUCUUUCCAAUCGUUCGGUCGGCGAACUCCAGCAAGCCAUCAAGGCAGCGAAGAAGCCAGAAAUCGAUAUGUUUGCCGCAGACAAGCUCACCCUCUACAAGACCAUCGUCGAGUCAGAAAUCGAGUCAAAAGAGGCUCUCGCAAUCGCGUCAAAGAAGCUUGGGAACAUAUUUAAUUCUAAACUUCCAGAUGAAACUAUCCAUAUUUUUGUCAAGCUCCGCGCAAGAAAAAUGGAUGAAGAUCCACGGUAUAUUUCACCUUCAAAGAAGAUGCGCAUUGAGGAAGGGUGGAGAGAAUACAGGGCUUCUGAUGGCAAAAUGAAUCCUGAAGACCCGCCCGAUCACCUUGGUGAUCAAGAAUAUAAUUCGGUUUAUAUUACGGAUCAGAUGCUGAAUUGUGGAAGGAGAUUAGUGCUGAACAAAUAUUCGACCUAUUCAAACAGAAGGAGCGCAAAACACUGUUCAUUAUCGACGAACAUGGAAAGAUCUAGAGUGAUAUUUACAGGAACAGCCCAUGCCAAAUAUGAAUUGCAGAUUAUGGAAGACAGUGCUCGAGUAUCCUUAUUGUACUUUGUUGGCCCACUAUCCGAGACAGUGUUUUCAAAAUGGUUGGAGGUCCACCUGAACCAACCCGAUAUUGUCCAGGAUAUAAUGAGGAUUACAAACCGUGUGCCACGAGAGUUUAUACCACUCACAAGAAAUAGCAUUGAUUGUGAUUUUGAAUGGGAUUUCCGUGACCUAGGGCUUAUCUAUCGUCUCAACAAGAACCGCGGAGCCAUAAACUAUGUCUUGUGCCUCCCAGCGCAGAAAGCACUCUUUCAGGCGUUUACAAAUAUGCCUCAUCAUGAGCAUAUCCUGAGGGGAGAUGGAGAGCCAGUAACUGGAUUUAAAAUAGUUUACAUGCGUGGUUCCCCUGAUUACAAAGAUCUUCUUCAUGUCAGCUUCGACGAGCUCAAAGAGAAACUUUUUAAAAUAUCCCAACUUAGAAUUUUUGUCACGUAAUCAGUAAUAAUAUAGUUCUUAAUCCUAUAAAAAGGCUUGUCAUAGAAAUUUAA